AUGUCAGACCCCCCCACAUCAAUCCGCCCGCAGACGGGCCGGGCCGGCGGGCAGCGAGCCGGCCCCUUCCCCCCCUCCGCAGCAACCGCACGGACACGGACGCGGGCACGGGCCGGGGCGGCCGCGCGCCCGCCCGCGCGCCCCCCGCCGCCGCCGCCUCGCGCCCGCCCUCAGGGGCUCUGGCCCCUCACGCCGCCGCCUCCUCCUGCCCCGCGGCCUCCGCCGCCCCCGCCGGCUGCUGUGGGGGCGCGGGGAGCGGCUGAGGAGGAGGAGGAGGAGGCGGCGGCUGUAGCGGCCGCUGCCGCCCCCGGAGUGGCCGCCGCUCCCUUCUACCUCAUAGAGGCCGCUGUGGAAGCGGCGGGCGGAAAGGAAAGGGAGGGGAGGUGGGGAGGGGGCGCUGGCGGCGGCGACCCUGGCGGCGGCGACCCUGGCUGCGGUGUAAGCGAGCGUGUGUGGGGAAGGGGCGAGUCUCCACCCGCCGCCGCUCCUGCUCCCCCAGCCGGCCGCCCGCUCGGCUCUUGUCUCUUUAAACCGCCCCCCCCGCCUCCUUCGUCGUCUCCUUCCUCCUCCUCCUCGCCCGCACCCCCCUCCGCCCGCCGUGAGCAAUGGUCCGAGCCGCUAACUCAACCUAGCCCGCCAGGCCUGGAGUGGGACAGACCAACAGGAAAGGGGCGCUUUUUCGCCUGCCGGAAAGGGGCGGGAAGGGCUCGGCCGAUUGACAGGACGCCCGGCCAACGGAGAGGAGGGGUGGAGUUUGCGCGGAGAAUACUGAGGCACUGGACUGGUGGUUUCAUUUCUCCUAACUGGAUGAAGAAGGGACUGAGAAAAUGUCAGGCUGCAAAGGCUGCAUUGCUCUGCCUUGGGAAUUUAAAAUCCUUGACAGUCACAUUAAACCAACAACUCAACACGACUGGAACUGUGCCUUUCACCUAUCUGCAUCACUAUUUUGCUGCCUUGCCCCAGACUCUACUGUGUUACACAGGCAUCACCAAAAGCCCACCUGAAGUUGUAUUUGUGGUACACCAAAUGGAGAUAUCAUUACAGCUAGACAACAGAUGCCAAGUCAUGCAACCUCUCAGACAACAGAAGAUGGAAAGCCCUGGGGUGCCAACUUCCUCAGAUUCUUCAACCAUCAAAAAUCCCUUCAGUACAUGUCAUUCUCCCCCACCUAUUAGUACAUUCAAAUUACUGAACCUGCAGUUCUGGGUAUGGAUUUGAGGCUAAAUAGUUCCUUACGCUGAAGUUCUUCUAACCGCUGUGCUGUCAGUAUGCCCUGAGGCACAUAACAUCUGUCACACAAACAAAACACAACAAAACUUUUGACCUCUGUGAGAAAAGCCUGAAAUUAUAAUAGCAGCCCUGGGCUACUAAAGGAACGUUGGUGCAACCAAGUUCAGAGAGCAAGGAGAAAAUCAGUGGAGCUGUGAUGGCUUUUGCAGCACUUUGUGAUUCAAAGCCCAGCUUUCAGUGAUGGGGACCAAGGACAUAAGGGACCUGCAGAUGCUUAACCUCAUCACCUUCCCAAGUAAGAAGAAGUUUUCUAGAGGUGGCCAGUCAAGAUAAAGCAUCCUUGAAAAUACAGAGAUGCUGCUUCUUAAGUCAGGGCUUGUUGGCCCACCGACUUCAGAGGAGUUCCACCCCCGUGUAAUUUAGCUGAAGCAAUCAGGAAAUAAUUAUGUACAGUGGAGAGUUAAAAGAUGGUAAUUAAACUGUACAAAUAAAUAACUGAAGUGACUAAAAAAACCCACUCAAAGCCUACUUUUGGAGCAGUAUUUAAUGUAAAUGAAUCACUUAGUGGACAAUGCAACAAUCAUCUGUUCAGCUUCUAUUCAUUAUCAAAAACAAUACAAUGGGAUUGGCAGGGAACAGCCAUGUGCCAAAGGGAGCCCUUUAGGAAAUACCACAGAAUCUCUACUGGCUUUUGUCUGUUCUUCUAUUGUGUCCUGACAAUGCUUUGCUAAUGAA